AUGGAAAAUGUUGCAAUUAAGCUCGCCGCGGCUGCUGCCAGGGAGCGUAUUCCAGUGGAAUACGCAGCUAGAUACACGGAUUUGUUGCUGGAGGAAUCGCGCAAUCGCAAUGACAGCAAUGCUGAUAGUUAUCAUGCCGAUACAAUACACGACACCGUGAGCGAUUUCCUCCUCCAGUUCGAGGAAAAGAUCGCUCUGAAUCUCGAUGCCACCGUCGCCGAGCUUCGGCCUGAUUUGUCUAAUGUGCAGCAUAGGAGGAAUCGCUACACAAGCAUAUACGACUCCAGCACAUCCGACUCCGCUGUUUUAACAGGCGCUUCGUCGAUCACAGGUAGUAGGAGACAAUGCCUGAAAAGCUUUUUCGACGGCAAAUCCUUCGUGGGGAGUAUUCCGCUCAAAAAUGCCGCCAGGCGAUAUAUACUGGGAGAGCUGGAACUAGAUGCCGUCCGAAAUAUCGCGAGGCUGUCAGGUUUGCGUGCCAGGCAGACACGCGUUGCGGCGAGUAACGCCGUAGGCGCACAAAACGGUGCCGUCUCAACUCCUGCAACAGCCACACCUUCAGUGGCACCAGCCAGCCGUGAUGCAUCCACCAAUGUUGCCACGGCAUCUCAACCCACAUCUAAGUCUACGGAAUCGCGAGUAUCAGGCGGAGUAGCCAAUGCCGUGCCACCAGAGGCUUCUCCAGUCAUCUCCAGGCCCGAGAUCAAGCCAACCCCUAAAGCGGCCCAACCGAAACAAGACCCGCCUGCAUAUCUGAACACAAAGAAAGAAAUCUCUGAAUCGCAUGGUGCCACUAAGGAUGACGAACCAAAUCCUAGUGGCACUGUCAAACGGCAGUGGGAGGCCGGCGCCACUAAGGCAGCAACAGACGGUACGCGGUUGGCUGCUAAGAACACUAAAAGGACAAAUAACACUGAUCCGGGUUUUAAAAGUGGUAUGGAUGUACUAGUAAACGACUGUGAGGAAAAGAAGGCACCACUCAAUAUCGGCUCGGACAAACCCCGCCAGUCAUGCGGUCUGAGUUACCCUUCCAAGACGAAUUUGAACAGUUUAGUUACGUCUGGGAAUACAAAUCAAAGUUCCAAGCAGAAACCGCCUGUGGAUGAGCGAUAUGUACCUCUGGUAGGUGCUGAUCUCACUCCCGAGAUCAUCAACGUUGUGUUGAAUAUGAAGUUGGACGCAAGUUUGUACAAUAUUUGCGAGGCUGACAUUGCAGGUCUAAAUGAAGUUAAGAAAACGCUCAAGGACAAGGUCGUACAGCCAAUUAUGCGACCCGACCUUCACACGGGAUUGCUGAGGGCGCCCAAAGGUGUGCUACUUUUCGGCCCGCCAGGAACGGGGAAGACUACGCUUGCUAAAUGGAUCGCAAAUUUGUCUCGCGCCAAUUGUUUCGAGGUCUCUCCCAGCUCUAUAACUAGCAAAUUUCAUGGUGAAAGUGAGUCUAUCAUCAAGGCACUUUUUAAGGUGGCUCAUUUUGAUAGCCCCUCUAUUAUUUUCAUCGACGAGGUGGACGCUGUGCUUGGCAAACGCAGCACGAACGAGGCCGACCUCUCUAUACGUAUGAAGAACCAGCUGCUGCAAAUGAUGGAUGGUUUGCACUGCGGCACGAAUGAUGGAACAGUGGUGGUCAUUGCGGCCACCAAUCGCCCCAUGAUGUUGGACGAUGCGGCGCUUCGACGAUUCGGAAAACGUGUUCUGAUCCCACUUCCUGACUUGGAAACCCGCAAGGCGUUUUUGCAUGACACUCUACGCAAGAAUUGUAACGGAAAUUGUGAAUUAAGUAGUGAUGAAUUGGACCAGAUCGCUGCAUCUACGGAAGGAUGGAACGGCAGCGAUCUGCUGGCUUUGUGCACAAAAGCAGCCGAAUAUUCUUACGACGACACCGUUGAAGCAUACGGUGGGAUCGAAAACAUUCCGGACGCUAGCGUAUUUAGGGGUCUAGUCAUAGACGACUUUAUCCGUGCUCUGCGGCGGGUACGCCCUUCGAAUGCGGCCAGCAGUGAUUUCUCAUUCGAAGAGUGGCAAAGGCUGUAUGGUUCGCACUGA